AUGAAAUUAAAUGAAAUUAAUCUGGCAGCUUCAGACCCGUCCUCACCCGUGGUGGAAGAGGGAGUUGAAGACGAGGAGGAUGAAGUGGACAUGAACAUGGAAGAGGCUGAGAAUGGGACCGCUGGAAAAAUCCACACUUCCCGCGGGACCUUGCUCACUCGCCGUGGGAUUACGUUGCGCGUGCUCCUUAAAGACAAAGUUAUCCAGGCUGGAGAAGGGCUGCUCUCUAUUCACUAUUUAGGAAAGACAUUUGUGGGAGAUCUGCUUCCUGAUGGGAAGAUCAGGUGGCAGGAAACCAACCAGAUCUUCAACUCUCCCAGUGCAUGGGCCACACAUUGCAAAAAACUCGUCAACCCGGCCAAGAAGUCAGGCUGUGGCUGGGCCUCCGUGAAGUACAAAGGGCAGAAGCUUGAUCAGUACAAGACCAUGUGGCUGAGGGAGCAGCAGCAGCAGCCACUGCAGACCAUGGAAACAAAUUUGGCCAGUGAAGGAGAAGAUGAGGACAUUCAUGAAGAGGAAGACGUUGAGAACCGUGGCAGGAAGAACUCUAAACUGAACAAUCAGGUUAAGAAGGUGGAAGAAGAGAACAAGAAGCUGCAAACUAAAAGCCCUCAGGACUCCACUCUGAGAGAUAAUGGACACAGCGUGAAGAAACCUGUCAAAGACCUAGGUCCUGUUCGAUAUUCUGAGAUCGGGAGCAGAGAUUCUGGAAGGGAUCCUUGCACACUUGUUGAACUUGCAUCGUUCAUAUCUGUGAACAAGUUCCAGCCCUUCAAUGUUGCAAUUUCAAGCAACGUGCUACUAUUGGUGGAUUUUCAUUGCCACCUGACAACCAGUGAGGUAGUUGGCUACCUUGGAGGAAGGUGGGACACAAGCACACAACAGUCCAGUUCCCUGCUGACUGAUGUGUAUGUUUUGACAGUAUUGACAAUUCUCCGAGCUUUCCCAUGUCGAAUCCGGCUCUCUGACAAGGAUUCUGCCUCUGCAGUUGAAGAAGAGAUUUGCCAGAGUCUAUUCCUACGGGGAUUAUCGCUGGUUGGUUGGUACCACAGUCACCCAUACGCAAGACCCCUGCCCUCUCUACAAGACAUCGAUUCUCAGAUGGACUACCAGUUAAAACUGCAAGGAACCACUAACAGCUUCCAGCCGUGUCUAGCCCUGAUCUGUGGUCCUUAUCAUCAAGGAAGCAGCAAUUUGGAAUCAAAAAUGUCUCCAUUUUGGGUUCUUCCUCCGCCAGAGCAAAAGCCCAAUGAUUAUGGCAUGCCGAUGGAAGUAGAGAUGACCUACGUGCAGGAUACAUUUCUGACCUCUGAUGUCCUUCAUGAAAUGAUGCUGCUCCUGGAGUAUUACAAAACCGCUUCAGACAUUGUAAAGUUCAAAGACAAAUGGAAUGAGCAGACAACAUAUUUAGACAAAGUUAAAGGUUCCUUGGCCAAUAAAACACCAAAGGACCAAAGUUCUUUUAAAGUUCUGGAACACAUUUAUAAUCAGCUGGAGGCCUGCAGUUAGUUAACCUCAGAUGGACCGUUGGCAACACUGAAAAGGAAUAAAACUGGAAAAAAAAAGAGCAGGAACUGAGAAUGGUGAAUGCGGAAAGACGUCACCAAAUGUGAUUGUUUAGUGUUUUCUGUUUUGAAUAGUUUUUUGUGAUAGAGACAAAAAGCAAAGAUUGAGACCAGUUCAAGAUUGUGGCUGGUGGGUGUCUAACCAUGAUGAGAUGAUGGUGAGCAUUGAGACAACAAAAUGCUGAGAUCCUCAGUGAUACUACAGUCACGUAAUGUAUUGUAGAAAUAUGGGGAGUGAUUUAUUUAAUCCCUAUUCCUUUCGUGCUACCGUCCUGUGUCUUGUACUUCUGCGUGCCUGCAGGUUGAGUUGGAAACGCAUUGAUGAAUUGGAUGAAGAGGUUAAAGCUCGCUUGUUGAAGGGUGCUGGGGACAGGGCAGGAGCCGCAAGCCAAGAUAUUUACAUAGUAGUAGUUACUGGCAUUCGGGUGGGAUGGGCUGGGGAGAAUUGCCUGCAUUGUUCUAAAAGUUGGAGUGGUAGAGUUGUUUAGUAUUUUAAAAAAGACUUAGACAUCUGCAUGGUUUAAACUAAUGUUGAAUUACAUCUACAACUGUCAGCAUAGCCAGGAGGGAGUUUUCCUAUAUUUGUUCUUUCGCACUGUGGGCAUGGAUGAGUUCAGGACCUUCUGCAGCUGGAGAGAUAAAACACCAGCAAACCGCAACAGGAUGACGCCCAAAUAAUUGUGUGACACUAACCCAAGUCUUCCCAACUACUCCUUGCUCUCCUCUGAGCACGUCGACCUUCUAACUUAAUGUGCUCUCAUUUUAUUGACUAUUCACGUUCGCCGAUACAGACUUAAUGAACCCAGAGCACGGUGGUGCAGCGAUACAGCUGCCGCUGACUACAGAUGCUGUCCCUACGGAGAUUGUACCUUCUCCCCAUGACCGUGUGGGCUUUCUCCCGGUGCUCUACUUUCCUCCCACGCUCCAAAGACGUACACGUUUAAUUGUAGCUUAAUUGGCUUUUGGGAAAAUUGUAAAUUGUCCUAAAUGUGUAGGAUAGCGUUAGUGUUUGGGGAUCGCUGGUCGGCGCGGACUUGGUGGGCCGAAGGGCCUGUUUCCGCGCUGUAUCUCUAAACUAAACGAAAUGGUCACACUGCCAUGUGGAGAGAGGUUAGGUCUUGGAAGCUGCUUCCCUUUUCCUAUUGGAACCGCAGCAGAUUAGUCGCUUCCUAAAAGCUGGUUUCGCAUCCAUCAAGCAUCUAGCUGAGCACAGUGGCUGGGAGCAGGGAUGUGGCUGGGAGCAGCAGGACAGUGGAAGGAACAAAAGCAACAUCAUAUAUGUGGGAUGCCAGGAGUUGAGUUUAACAAUUGCUAAGUGUUGAUACACAAAAAU